AUGGCAGAACAAGAACCAAAGAAGAUUGUCAAGGAAUCCAAACAUGGUGACAGACACAAUGAAGAUGAUGAGCUGAUCUUUGUUGGGGUGGAUCACGUAAACCGAGAUGAUGACGUUUACUUUGUCAGGCAAACUGCUGAUGAUGUGAGUAGGGCUGAUGUUUCAAAGCAACUUUCCUCUACUGAUACAUACAGUGGAAAUCCCCACAGUAUGACACUCAGGGAUAAAAUUCCGUUAAGUAUCUCUUUGACAGUGAACACGAGCAUACCCUCUGAAGGUGCUCACCCUUCAUCAAGUCGUGGUCAAAAUGCUGCAUCAUUUCCUCCACCUUAUUUAAAUGACAAGGCACAUCUUCAUCUUCAAAAUCCAGUUAUUGAAAAUAACGUAGAAAGACUGGCAGAAACAGAUUUGCCAAUAAUAGCAAAUCAACAUAAGACCUCUGAUUUCCAGUAUGAAUACCUGAGGGUGCUGCUUUGUGACUUCUACUAUGGGCAGCUUGAGGGCCACAGGAGGCCAGAACAGAAGACCCAUACAACCUUUAAGUGCCUCAGCUGCCUGAAAGUUCUGAAGAACAUCAAGUUUAUGAACCACAUGAAGCAUCAUUUGGAAUAUGAGAGGCAGAGGGGUGACAGCUGGGAAAGUCACACCAACUGCCAGCACUGCUACAGGCGGUUCCCCAUACCUUUUGAGCUGCAGUGCCAUGUGAACAGUGUGCACAGCUCCCAGGAGCCCUCCUUUGUGUGUAAGAUCUGUGAGCUGUCGUUUGUCACAGAUCAGGCUCUCCUCCAGCACAUGAAGAACACACAUAAGCCCAAGGAGAUGCCCUAUGAGUGCCAGGUGUGUGGUUACAUGUCAUCAGUCUUCAUUGAUGUGGAAACCCAUUUCAGAGCCUGCCAUGAGAACACCAAGAGCUUGCUCUGCCCUUUCUGCCUCAAAGUUUUCAAGGUUGCAACACCAUAUACGAAUCAUAUCUGGAAGCACUGGACGAAAACAGCCUUUUGGUGUUCCAAAUGUCGCCUGCAGUUUUUGACCUUGAGGGAAAAAUUUCAUCAUGAAACCAAAAACCAUUCAAUAAUUUUAAACCCAGAGAAAUAA